GGGCUAUAUCUGUUCCUGGUUCUAAAUUUCUUGAAUGGGGCAUGUUUAUUUAAGAUGAUUAGGAAGGCAUUUAAAAAAAAUAACCAGGCAUCCUCUACUGACGGGAUGAGAUCAAUAUCCUUCCAGGAUACCCGGGCCAGGUCGAUUAGAAAGGCCUGCUCGCUGAAGUGUUUCAGGGAGCGUUUGACAGUGUUGAGUGGAGGUCGUUUGACCGCUGACCCAUUACACCCUGAGUUAGAAAGACAGAGUUUGUGAGCCUGUGUCCCAGACUUCCAGGAUCAGAGAAAGAGUGACUGUGAUGGAGUUUUCUACAAUGAUCAUAUUCAUUUUAACGGAAUCAUAGUUUCCCUGUCAGCUGGGUAUACCUACUGAUUAAAUAAUGGGUAUAGAAAAUACGAGAACCUAACAUCGACAAUAACCAGUAGAUGUCGCUAAUACAUCAUGUCAAAACCAGAAUUACCCAAUUUCAUCACAGAGCCAGUAUGUUCGCAAUGUCUACUACACACAAUCUCAUUAACUGUAACAUUUAUGCAUUCAAUGUCUAUAAAACGAGGAAUUAAUCAAAAGUCAAUUCAAAUAUCGACCAUGUGUAGGUAAAGUCACAUCACAGUUGUAAAACAUUUAACUCCAAAGGUGGCUGUUUUUACAAUUAACUAAGGAUGUAUUCAUUAUCUGCAAUUAUUCAGGAUACCGUUUAAAUAAUAUGUAUCAUUAGCUGUCCAAUAGCCUACAGAAGAGCCUUAGUAACAAAACGGCACUUUCGUUUUUAAAUCAAAACUCAUCCUUCUUACAAUUCAUAAAUGCACAACGUAUUCAAUGACAGUCAGAAGCCAAUUUAUUUCUGAUUAAUUAGGUAAAAAAUAUUACGUAGAAUAUUAAGUGCAAUUACAUUCUGUUUUCACUGAUUUGAGCCGUAGAAACAAAGGUGAAACCUGUAAAUCACGGAGCCAAUCAGCGACCUGCAAUUUGUUCAGGGCUAUUAAAACUCAAGGCGGUCUUUUCUGUCUUUCCCUCAGUAUGUUCGGAUCUGUUUCUCCGCCGUUGUGGGAUUAUUAUCACACAUCGACAGGAUCUGAAUGAAGGCUACUUUUGCAAAUGAAGUCUUGGGUUUACAUGUUUAGAUAGCAGUUCCUCACAAAGCCGUCUGUACAGACAUCGCAAUAACGUGUAAGAGGUUUGGGUACCAUAUGAGAACAGUGGAGCUGAUCACUCAAGUUGUACUGCGGAGUACACCAAGACCAAGCAGGGUCACUUUACAAUGCCAGUACUACCAAGUCAGGAGAUUGCCACCAGAUUCAAGGAGAAAUGUAUGAAGCUUCACCCAGAAGACCAAGACAAUGAGAAUGGUUCAGUGCACCUGGAUGACAGUCUCACCAGCCUCCAAUGGCUCCAGGACUUCACCAUAGUCAGUGCGAGUCUAGAAAGCCUACCGGGCUCCACUUGCCAGCCGUACCACCUGCCUCAGCCCAGCCACCUGCACCCUCAGGGCUCUGACUCCCCUUCCAGUCCACCUGCUGGGGACACUGCAGCCUCCGGGAUGCCUCAGAGUGCAGGCAGCCCCAUCACCUCCAGUGCCUCAGCCAACAGGACUAGUUACUACUCACUUCACCCGACAGUGACCAACCACCACCAGAUCACUGUGCCAGCCAAGUCCCUGGAGGAGGUAGACUUCAAGACCAACCACGAGGUGAAGCCUCCCUACUCCUACGCCACACUGAUCUGCAGAGCCAUGCAGGCAGGCAAGAAGAACAAGAUCACACUGUCUGCUAUCUAUAACUGGAUCACAGAGAACUUCUGCUACUACAGACACGCUGAGACCAGCUGGCAGAACUCUAUCCGUCAUAACCUGUCACUCAACAAGUGCUUCAUGAAGGUUCCCAGGCAGAAGAAUGAACCAGGAAAAGGGGGAUUCUGGCAGAUUGACCCUCAGUACGCGGACAUGUUUGUCAAUGGAGUCUUCAAGCGCAAGCGGAUGUCAGCCAUCCAUUUCAACACCCAGAGACACAGCAAAACCCAAGGAUCAUCCCGUAACCGGAAAACCCAGGAGUACCACCAGCAUUUUCAACAGGCCCACUACACAGUGUCCCACAGAGGAGCAGGUGCUGGGAACAGAUGCAAACUUAGUGGCACAAAGUGGGAGACAGUCCAUAAGUCACCACUGUUGACACCGGAUCUCAUGGAACCAGAGGCACUGAAGGGUGAACUAGACUGGGCCAUGGUGUUUGACGAUGUUCUGAAUGGGAGCAGCAAUAACUUUCAGGAUCUAGACAUGAACUUAGCUCUGAACUCCCUGGGCUGUAAGGUGGAGCUCUCCCAGCAGGAUCAGGGCCGGGCCUGGCACCUGGGGAGGUGGUGCAGUGGAGGGGCUGACCGGGACCACCAGCAGGCCUGCAGGUACAUGGAGGUGACCACCAUGGGCUGCUACAGCAUGGAGGAGAUCCAGCAGCACCUCAAUCUGACUGGGCUGCAGCAGCCGCUCCCUUUGGGGGUCCACCCACAGCACUUUGAGGAGCCGACACUGUUCCCUGAUGAGCAGCAGAGGCACCCCUGGGAGGAGCUGAAAGAGGAGGUGCAGGCAGUGCCUAUCACCCUGGACCAUAGUCUCAGCUUCUGUGAAGGCUUCUUCACUGAGAUGCAGCCAUGGGGGACAGCAGAGUCUUAUAUGUGACACCCUCACCCAGCACCAGCCCCAAUACUGAACAAGCAGUCCAGCAGGAGGCCAGAGGACCUAUAGACUACUGUUUUGCUACAUUAGCAUCAUGGAUUCAUUCAGAAAAACAUACGUUAAUUGAUUUUUGAUUUUUUAAAUAUUUUAUGUGCAUUUUCUAUUUGCUUUUUGAUUGUUUGCAUCUAUGAAAUAAACAUGCUGUUUUUAACGUAGCAUUGAAUGUCUGUUAUAGAACUAAUAAAUCUAUCCUAAUUAGCAACAACUUCAUUCCAAAAAUCUAUACACUAAAAUCUAUACACCAGUCAAAAGUUUUAGAACACCUACUCAUUCAAAGGUUUUUCUUUAUUUUUUACUAUUGUCUACACUGUAGAAUAAUAGUUAAGACAUCAAAACUGUGAAAUAACACAUAUGGAAUCAUGUAGUAACCAAAAAAGUGUUAAACUAAUCAAAAUAUAUUUUACAUUUUAAAUUCUUCAAAUAGCCACCCUUUGCCUUGAUGACAGAUUUGCACACUCUUGGCAUUCUCUCAACCAGCUUCAUGAGGUAGUCACCUGGAAUGCAUUUCAAUUAACAGGCGUGCCUUCUUAAAAGUUCAUUUGUGGAAUUUCUUUCCUUCUUAAUGCAUUUGAGCCAAUCAGUUGUGUUGUGGUAAGGGUGGUAUACAGAAGAUAGCCCUAUUUGAUAAAAGACCAAGUCCAUAUUAUGACAAGAACAGCUCAAAUAAGCAAAGAGAAACGACAGUCCAUCAUUACUUUAAGACAUGAAGAUCAGUCAAUCUGGAAAAUGUCAAGAACUUGCUCGCAUGAGGACCACCACAGGAAUGGAAGACCUAGAGUUACCUCUGCUGCAGAGGAUAAGUUCAUUAGAAUUACCAGCCUCAGAAAUUGCAGCCCAAAUAAAUGCUUCACAGAGUUCAAGUAACAGACACAUCUCAACAUCAACUGUUCAGAGGAGACUGUGUGAAUCAGGCCUUCAUGCACGAAUUGCUGAAACCACUACUAAAGGACACCAAUAAGAACCAACUUGCUUGGGCCAAGAAACAUGAGCAAUGGACAUUAGACAAGUGGAAAUUUGAUAUUUUACACACACACAUGAAGGAUAGUCGCUCUGGAUAAGAGCGUCUGCUAAAUGACUUAAAUGUAAAUGUAUAAGCAAUAAUGAAAAAUGUGUGUAUAUAGUGUUUUGGAACUCUUCACAUAUUAAUAUAAUAUAAUUUCAGAAUCAGUAUUUUGUGGGCAAUCAGAUCAGACAUAAUGCUAGAGAGAGUUGUGCCAUGACAGUUUUCUGGCUGUCCAACCGGCUGUCCAAUUAUGCUCUGAAAGUCUUCAACUGUAAAACUUUAUGAUGAUUUUUUAAUAUUCUUUCCAUUAGUAGAUAUUCUAAAAAGGCUCGGGAUUACCUAACAUUAGUAUAGCCAUGGUUGUAAGGGUAUGUUAUGUACAUGAUGUUUUAUGUAUGAUUCAAGUAAUACAGUUAAAAUAUGAAAAUACUGAAUAACUUUUUCAGCAUAGAUGGUCAUUUCUUUGGCAGUAAGUUUAUCUAAACGUGCAUGUGAUGAAUGGGGUGAUUAAUUAUUGAAUGAUUAAUUAAAAGGCUGUAAAUAAUGCAUUAAUUAAAUAAAGACAGUGGAC